AAUGCGCCGCCAGUUCGAGUGCGACUCUCGCUUGAGCAACAACGUCCGAUGGCAACGCCUGCCUUACUUCUUACGCUGCUGGUGGCAGUCUCGUCUGCCACUGCAACGGAACUGACCUCUCCUCGCGCCAACGAAGUCAUCGAAACGUAUGGCUUGGAAACUUCUCUGAGAAGCAGCCUGUUCUCGACGUGCAUCAAGCAAGCAGCUUCGCUGACGGGAAGUCUUUGGUUGGUAGUCGUAGGGCAACAAGGCUUCUAUCAGGUCACAAGCUCAAGUGCUCAGAACAUCACAUGGCAGGUCGCUGACGCUGCCACGACUCUCUUCGCUUGUGCCCAGGCCACCGUGGACGCUGCCAAACUGAUGUUCAAGUUCAAUGGAGGGUCCUGCAUGAUCGCCAUGAAUGGUUUCUAUACUCCGUUCACUCAAGCAUGCGAUGGUCAGACGGUCUAUGUCGGCUCAUAUGGUGAGAGUGGAUGCAUCACUCUUUUUGGAGGGUUUUUAGAUGGCCAAAACAUAACGAACGAUGGAAUGUGCUACUCGACGUGUAUUGGAGAUAAUAAGCUGAAGUUUCAAGAUGGUACUGAAGUAGCAAUCCCUUCGGAUGGAGCAGUACCUUGCAUUGGAACAGUAUUUGCCCCCCACAUCCUCACAUCGAACACUGCAAAUAGCUUCUGUACGGCAGCGACCAAAUGUGCGUUGAGUGGACUCGAGCUGGCCCAAGUAGACACGGAGGAGAACCUGAAUGCCGUGAAGACAGCUGGCAAUUUUGACUCGUCCUCUG